CUUUUGUGGGUACGUACGCUUCUUGCUCACAUACUCGAACUUGCGAUGUCGACAGCGCAAGCUCCUGCAGCUGCUCCAGCCAACGACGGCCCUCAACAAGAAGAAUCAGGCUUUCGUAAGUUCUUCGGAUUUGCUCAGCAAAUAAUCAUCUUUUGGACGAUCACGCAACUGGCCACGAAGUUCUUUGCACCAAAGACAGUUGGGCCAGAUACAGCAGUAUCUACUGGAGGAAAGCAAGCCGUCAAUACGCAACCUGUAGAUCCAUGGAGUCAACCCCCAACGCAUGCAUCUCUGGCGUGGCCGAUUGGCGAAACAUAUUCUAUGCAGGUGUACUUUACUACAACCCCACAUACCGAUAGCUUCGCGAAGCAACGGAGUAACAUUAAUAAGGAAGACAAUCUGCCACAUUUCGUGUGGGAUAACAUCAAGUUUGGAGACUAUAAUGACCAUCGGUCCGUGGAGUAUACCAUCGACUUCCCGGAGGUCGUCAAGAACAAUGGUUCGCUGUGGGCGGAUAUUUUCUUACUGAGGAACGGCGCAACUUUAAAUCCUUCGAGCACCUCGUUCGAUGCGGAAAACAUCCACCAUGUUCGCAAGCUUCUUACGCCAUAUUUCCCUCGAGCGAAGGCUCGCAAGGAAAAGAACCUUUUGAGUGGCGAGGCACCUGUCGAGGACGAGGCCGAAGAAGCGGAUGUUAUUGUCCCUCAUUGGCAUAGCAACAUAACCCUUGCUCUCAUCUCGGAUCCAGCUGUUCUUCCCUACUCUUCGCUUCCGCCACCAAUUCUUGAGCACAUACACCUCGUGCCCGAUGCGAGAGAUGUAACUGGAACGAAAGGUUUAUACAAACCCAUCAUCUUCCCCAACGAAUUUUGGCACCUACGAAGUCACUAUGUUGAGGUGAACAGCACUACCAAGGCGCUGCCAGUUCAAGUUGUUUUCCAGCCCAUGUCAUACAUGAAAUUCCAAUUAUUCGCCACUAUGACCCAGGGAUUCAAAGACGCUGAGAAGCAACAAGGUACAGCGGCCCACGCAGAAAUUGACGAAGUCAAGCGAAUGCUGCUAGAGACAAACCCUUGGUUCCUCGGAUUGACCGGCAUCGUUAGCGUGCUUCAUGUACUCUUCGAGAUGCUUGCCUUCAAAUCCGACGUUUCUCAUUGGCGCCAGAAGAAGGAGAUGGUUGGAGUCUCUGUUAGAACUAUUGUCACCAACGUCUUUGUCCAGAUCGUUAUUCUAUUAUACCUCAUCGACAACAACGAGAACACCAGCUGGAUGAUUCUCUUUGGUUCCGGCAUGGGCGUACUCAUCGAAGCAUGGAAGAUAACAAAAGCCGUGGAUAUAUCUUUGGUAUCCGCUCCGGCGGGUUCUUUAAUCCCGUAUAAGCUCGACAUCAAAGACAAGCAUGUUCUCAGCGAAGACGAGAAGAAGACCCAAGAAUACGAUAAACUGGCCUUUCGUUAUGUCUCGUAUGCGGCGAUUCCGCUGCUCGCUGCGUAUACUGUGUACUCGCUAGUCUACAACACCCACAAAGGAUGGUACAGCUUCGUCAUCUCGACCCUGACGUCCUUCGUGUACAUGUUCGGUUUCGCUCAAUUGGUCCCUCAGCUGAUUAUCAACUACAAACUCAAGAGUGUAGCCCAUAUGCCAAUGAAGGCAAUGAUCUAUAAGACUCUUUCGACUGUUGUUGAUGAUCUAUUUGCGUUUUGCAUUAAGAUGCCGUUUUUGCACCGGCUGGCAUGUUUCCGAGACGAUGUGGUAUUUCUGAUCUUCCUGUACCAACGGUGGAUAUACCGAAUUGAUCCCAAGCGAGUGAAUGAAUAUGGGCAGGUCAUGGUGGAGGAGGUGGAUGCAGCGAACAAGGAGUCGAAGAAAACUCGCUAGACUAAUGAAUGCCGGUCUAUUAUAUACAUAAUGUUUGUGUCAAUAGAGCAUUUACGAAGUGAACACGACAUGCUCGGAGCUACCAUCAUAUGGCGUAGCCUGAGAGCUGUGCACUAAA